AUGGGUGACAAAGUCACGAUAGCGAAGUUCUUGUGUCAGAUAAAUACAGAACUUGUGCGUCUGGCAAGAAAUCUUGUGGAUUUAGAGGACUUAGAGGAACAGGAAAAAAGGGAAAAUAGAAUACAAAGGAGAUGGUGGACCAGAGACUGGCUGCUACUUAGACCCAUUCACGGUCAGUAUGAGGCUCUGAUGGCAGAACUUCAAGUGGAGGACCACCAGGUCUUCCAGCAAUUUCUGCGUGUAGAUGUGGCCACAUUCUAUGAUAUCCUGGCCAGGAUUGAGGGAAGAAUCACCAAGCAGAUCACCGCCUUAAGGUACCCCAUCUCUCCUGCUUUAAAGCUGGCGUUCACCCUCAGGUAUCUUGCCACCAGAAACGCCUACCGAGACCUCCGGUUCGGAUUCAGAGUAGCUCAUAACACCAUGUCAGGCCUCAUUGUUGAUGUGUGCCAGGCUCUGAUUGAUGUCAUUGAACAAUUGUUUGUCAAGCUUUCCACAGAACCUGAAGAAUGGCAGCAGGUGGCUCAGACCUUUCAGCAGAAGUGGCAGUUCCCACACACCCUUGGUGCUCUUGAUGGGAAGCACAUUCGAAUCAAGAAGCCGCCCCACUCAGGUUCUAUCUACCAUAACUAUAAGGGUUUUGACUCCAUUGUACUCAUGGCCUUGGUGGAUGCCAAGUACCGCUUCCUAUGGACACAAAUUGGAGACGUCGGCUCUAGUUCGGAUGGUCAGAUCUGGAACCAUUGUGACCUUCGCCAAGCACUUGAAGAAGGUGUCCUUGGUGUUCCAGAUGCAGACCUGCUACCAGGGGAUGAUGUUGACACUCCCUACUACAUCAUAGGGGAUGAUGCUUUCGCUAUGAGAACCUGGUUGAUGAAACCUUUUCCUUAUUAG